GAGGGCGUGGGCGCGGGCGGUGUCAAGGUAGUGGUAGGCUCACUGCACGACCGUCCGCACUAGCAUUCUGCCCGCGGGUCCUCUCGUGUCUUCCUCCCACUCGCCCGCACCUUCGGCUCCUUCGUUCUACUGCCACAGGAGUGAGAGCGAGGAAAGAUGUGGAGGCUUCUUCUCGUGACGUUAUUCGUCCUGGCCACGGCCCUCAGUGCGGGGGCGGCGAAUGGAGCUCCGGAAGGCCAGGCGACGGAGAUGGUUCUGGAGAUGCUCAAAGACCAAGAGAGCUACAACUCGGCAGUCAGGCCCUCUGUUAAUGGCGGAGCUACCGAGGUCAAGGUGCAGAUGUAUAUCCGAGAAAUUGACGUCGAUGAUACAAAUAUGAAAGCUGAAUUCGAUCUCACCUUCAGGAUGGUUUGGAAUGACCCACGCCUCACUUACGAUGCACCAGGAGUCAGUUACGUAAACAUCCUCACGCCUCACUUGGCCUGGCUGCCCGACGCCUUCUUCAAGAACGCCAUCACGACGCAACUGGAGUCCGUCUACCCUGAGAGCUACCUGAGGGUCUACCCGAACGGACGCCUCAUCUACAGCACGAGGUUGUCGUUAAAGCAGAACUGCCCCAUGAACUUCGCUCGUUUCCCCCAUGACACCCAGGACUGCAAAAUCCAGGUGGCAAGUUAUGGCUACACGGCCGACGAGGUCUUCUUCGUAUUCGACGAGGAAGUCCAGAUCGGCAAGGACCUUCACGUUGAGAAAUUCCACAUGGAGAAUAUCGGGGAUAACAUGUUCUCCUAUUGCACCACGAAGACGGCUACUGGCGAAUACAGCUGCGUCCAGAUCUCCAUCAGCAUACGACGAGCUUUCGGCACGUACCUGCUGGAGUGGUACUUGCCCGUUAUCUUCCUCGUCAUCGUGGCCUAUUUCGCCUUCCUGAUCCCCGGAGACCAGUUCCUCGCCCGUCUCCUCCUCACCCUUAUUCCCCUCAUUAGCUUGGCUUCCUUCAGCUACAGCUUCAGGCAGUCGUUGGCCUUGGUGCCCUACGCGCGCGCCCUCGACAUCUUCACCGGCAUCUCCCUCAUAGUCAUCUUCGCCACGCUCGUCCACGUCAUCAUGUGCUACAUCAAGGGAGGGCAGAAGUGCAACGUGGCAGCGGACGAAGCGCGAGGCGGAUCGGACGAGGAGGCGCCCAAGGAGCUGAGCGAGGAGCAGUCCGCCUUCCGCCGCGCGUUGAACAAGGUUAUGAAGCGCGCCGAGUUCCUCUCCCGCUGCAUCCUCGUGGGCUUCUAUGUCUUCUUCCUCUUCGUGUACUUCGCUGCCUACUGCGGCACUGGCUAAGGUCGGAGCUCCUCCUGCUACAGACGGCUGUCCACGGGGUGCUGACCAAUCGCCAAGGCACCGUGUACAAGAUAUACCUCGAGGAUUACCUACGAGAUUAAAAUACUACAAAACACCCCCUGAGAAACAAUGUGUAGGUCUGCCAUUCAUCGCUUGCUUUAUACUUUUGUUUAUCAUGUUCUUACGCCGUCUGUUAGUGAGAAAACAUCUUUGCACACUUAUGUUCCAAUAAAAUGCAGACCGUUUCAGUGUUUUUUUUUUUUUUUAUUGUGUUUUUAAAGAUCUGUAUGCGUGUUUGUUAAUAGUCUGAACAGAUAUUUGCUUUUGGCUUGUUUGUUAAAACAUAGAGAGGAUGAUUGUGCUGCGGCAAAUCAUCUUUUGAUCAGUUCUAGAAUUUGUACUCUGGUUUUAUAAACUUCUUUUCAGUACUGCAGUUAGUUUUGCUAUUACGAUGAAUGAAUGAGUAUGGUGAAUUUUUUUCCAAGUAUUUUUAAUGAAUUAGUACAAAAAAGUGACUUUCGCACAGUGCAAAGCUAAAUGUUGUCAGUGUGUUAGUGUGAAUGCCGAGUGCCCUUUCUUAAGGCAAAGAGGAAAUCUCUGUACUGUUACUGGUAAAGAUUACCUGGUGUAUGCCUGGUAUCAAUAAAUGUCUGAUUUUC